CCUCCAUCUUCUCUUCCAUCUUCUCUUCCAUCUUCUCUUCCAUCUUCUCUUCCAUCUUCUCCUCCAUCUUCUCCUGCCCAGGCGCGGUGCCACCGGAUCGGCCAGAGCAAAGCGGUCAAGGUCUACCGCCUCAUCACGCGCAACUCCUACGAGCGGGAGAUGUUCGACAAGGCCAGUCUCAAACUGGGCCUGGACAAGGCCGUCCUCCAGUCCAUGAGCGGCCGCGAGGGCAACAUCGCCGGGAUCCAACAGUUCUCCAAGAAGGAGAUCGAGGACCUUCUGCGCAAAGGGGCCUACGCCGCCAUCAUGGAGGAAGACGAUGAAGGUUCCAAGUUCUGCGAGGAGGACAUCGACCAGAUCCUCCUGCGCCGGACCACCACCAUCACCAUCGAGAGCGAGGGGAAGGGGUCCACCUUCGCCAAGGCGAGCUUCGUGGCCUCGGAAAACCGCACGGACAUCGCGUUGGACGACCCCAACUUCUGGCAGAAGUGGGCCAAGAAAGCCGACCUGGACCUGGAUCUUCUCAACAGCAAGGUGGGAGAGGACAACGGCCGUGGCGGGCUGAACAACCUGGUCAUCGACACGCCGCGGGUGCGGAAGCAGACGCGUCACUUCAGCACCUUGAGGGACGAUGACCUGGUGGAGUUCUCGGACCUGGAGAGCGAAGACGAGGAGAGACCAAGGUCCCGCCGGCAUGACCGGCACCACCACCCCCACCACCACCCUCACCACCACCACCACCACCACGCCCUGCACCACGCCUACGGGCGCACCGACUGCUUCCGCGUGGAGAAGAACCUCCUGGUUUACGGGUGA